ACUCCCCGGCCAUUCCCGACGCCGAUGCCCCGCCGCAUCCGCCGCCGCUGAUCUCCACCUCGCCCCUGCAUCCGCCACUCCGCCUCCGCUGCUCCUCCGCCACUCCGGUCUCCGCCACUCGCCCCCCUACACCUCUCCGUUGUCCCGUUUCCGCCUCCAUCGCUCCUUCACCACGCCGAUGUCCAACCUCCGCCUCCUCCGCCGCAGCUCCUCCUCCAUGUCCACCACCAGGUCGCCACUCUCACGGGUCUGGUCCCCCCAUUCGGCCUUUGCCGCGGCCACAGAGCGCGCACGCGCCGGGACGCUCAGCCAAGACGAUGCACACCACCUGUUCGACGAAUUGCUGCGGCAGGCCACCCCGGUCCACGAGCGCUCCCUCAACGACUUCCUCGCCACCCUCGCGCGUGCUACGUCCUCUGCCGCCUGCAUCAGAGAUGGUCGCGCCCUCGCCAUCGCCCUCUUCAACCGCGUGUGUCGAGAGCAAUCCGGCCCGCGGGUGGUGCCUCUCACAGUCCACACGUACAACAUCCUCAUGGACUGCUGCUGCCGCGCGUCUCGCCCGGACCUAGGUCUUGCCUUCUUCGCUCGCCUCCUCAGGACAGGCCUGAAGACAAACGAGAUCACCGCCAACACCUUCCUCAAGUGCCUCUGCUACGCAAAACGGACGGAUGAGGCUCUGAACGUGCUGCUUCAUAGGAUGUCCGAGCUCGGCUGUGUGCCUGAUGCCAUCUCAUACAACAUUGUUCUGAAGAGCUUAUGUGAAGAUAGCAUGAGUCAGCGGGCGCUCGACCUCCUCCAGAUGAUGGCGAAAGAAGGAGGUGGCUGCUCCCCCAACGUGGUGGCGUAUAGCACGGUCAUCCAUGGCUUUUUUAAGGAAGGUGAAACAGGCAAGGCAUGCAAUCUGUUCCAUGAAAUGAUGCACCAAGGUGUUGAGCCCAGUGUGUGGACAUAUAGCUCAAUCAUUGAUGCAUUGUGCAAGGCCAGAGCAAUGGACAAGGCAGAGCUAGUGCUUCAGCAGAUGGUUAACAAAGGUGUUCAACCCAAUAAUGUGACAUAUAAUUGCAUGAUCCAUGGAUAUUCCACAUCUGGGCAGUGGAAAGAGGCUGCUAAAUUGCUUAGAGAAAUGAAAAGCCGGGACCUUAUACCAGAUAUUGUCACUCGCAACUCGUUCCUGGCCUCCCUUUGCAAGCAUGGGAGAAGCAAGGAAGCUGCAGAAUUUCUUGAUUCCAUGACUGCCAAGGGCCACAAACCAGAUAUCGUAUCAUACCGUAUUUUGUUUCAUGGGUAUGCCAGUGAAGGAUGCUUCGCUGAUAUGAUUGAUCUCUUUAAUUCAAUGGAAAGCAACGGUAUUGCAGCUGACUGCCAUGUUUUCAACAUAUUAAUUAAUGGAUAUGCAAAACGUGGAAUGACAGAAGAAGUUAUGCUGAUAUUUACUGAAAUGCGGGGACAAGGAGUGAGUCCAGAUGUAGUCACCUAUUCCAUUGUAAUAGCCGCACUUUCCAGAAUGGGUAGGCUGACCGAUGCUAUUGAGAAAUUCAAUGAGAUGACUGCCUUGGAAGUACAGCCGGACACAACUGUUUAUCACUCACUGAUUCAGGGUUGUUGCAUAGACGGUGAUUUGGUUAAAGCUAAGGAGCUGAUGCUUGAAAUGAUGAACGGUGGUAUUCUUCGGCCUAACAUUGUGUUCUUCAAUUCAGUAAUAAACAGUCUGUGCAAAGAAGGAAGGGUUAUGGAUGCACAUGAUGUCUUAGACUUGGUUAUAGGCAUAGGUGAGAGGCCUGAUACCAUUACAUUUAGUUCACUGAUUGACGGAUAUUGCUUAGUCGGGAAGACGGAUAAAGCAUUCAAAAUACUUGAUGCCAUGGAAUCAGUUGGUGUUGAGCCUGAUAUUGUUACUUACAAUACACUGCUUGAUGGCUAUUUUAAAAACAGAAGGAUUGAUGAUGCUUUGACUUUGUUUAGAGAAAUGCCGCGUAAGAGAAUUAAACCUGGCACUGUUACAUAUGGCAUCAUGUUGGAUGGGUUGUUUUGUGCUGGGAGAACUGUUGCCGCAAAGAAAAUGUUCCAUGAGAUGAACGAGAGUGGAACAACGGUGGACAUUUCCACAUACGCUAUAAUACUUGGAGGUUUUUGUAGAAAUAAUUGUGCAGACGAAGCUAUCACCCUGUUCCACAAAUUAGGUGCAAUGAAUGUGAAGUUCAAUAUUGCAAUAGUCAAUACCAUGAUCAAUGCAAUGUACAAGGUUGGGAGAAGAGAAGAAGCUAAGGAACUAUUUGCUGGAAUAUUAGCCUGUGGGUUGGUGCCUAAUGAAUCUACUUACGGAGUAAUGAUAAAAAAUCUUCUAAAAGAUGGAGCAGUGGAAGAUGCUAACAAUGUGUUUUCAUCAAUGGACAAGAGUGAUGUUCGAGGUCAGGCUGUCGUAAGGAUAUGAGUGGGUCCAUGGAGGGUCCUUUUUGUGGGCAGAUAUGCUAAGGUAUCAUCUGAAUAAUGCUUUCCUGUCUAUUUCUUCUUAAUCUGUGUAGCUAUUUGAAAUUGUAGUCAUAGUCGUGUUCGAUUCCUGCUAAGUGGCUUUUCGAAGUAAUGUUGAGUGUAGACACAAAGAGACAAUAUAAGUCAUUGGAUUAUUAUGUCCUCUAUUUCCUUACUCUGCUGCUCUGUAAGAUGAGCAGACUGAGGUUCAUAAAGUAGCAUGCUUGGGAGUAUCCCGACCCACUAUUUCUACACCCUAAAACGUCUUAUAUUAGUUUACAGAGGUAGUAUUUGGCAGUCUUUCCUUUCAUUGAAGCAUCAAAACUAAACCAACUUUGCCAUACUAGAGCCAUAUCCGCCAAAUUAGUUCUAGGUCGUCUUGUGUAUCAUACAGAUACAGUUAUGCUUUUCUCUACCCACUAGGCCUACAGGUGUUCUAGGUCGUCUUGUGGCAUGAUCACGUGUGGUUUUGAGCACCUGUAGUAUUCGAUUAUGCUAAAUCCUUGCGUUGAUUUCUUGCAAAGAAAAAGUAAUACCCUUUGGAGAUAUAAGGUUUUUUAGCCCAACUGUGGUACGAGUCUAUAGCACACAAUGCACACGUGCUCAUCGAUAUGGGACUAAAACACACACGAUCCAGAGACAGCGCAGGUGAUCAGACAUCUCAUCCCAAAGGUUCACCGGGAACCAUUCCUCUUUCCGCUGCAAUUUACACCCGGCUGGAUUAUUCCUGCAGUAGAUGACCGUUGCCUGGACCAAAGGCCCCAAAGACACAAAGGCUCCUAUUUACAGAGUAAAGCGCACACACCAUUGCAAUGAGCCUUUUCCCUUGCAGGGGAGAAAGUUCUGCCUUGAUGGACGAAACAAGCAGAUCAUAUAUUCCUCCGGUCCACUUCAGUCCAUCUCUAUGCUUUCCAUAUAAUAAGAUCAUUUUGGAUGCAGUACCUAUGCUCUGUGUGGUGUGUGCCCAAUCUUUCAUUACUUAAUAAACGGAUGUUAAUUAGAUUUGUUAUGUGGGACUAUAUAAAUGCAUCUGUCACUGGAAUUUUCAGUA